AUGGGGAACAACGCCUCCUCCCCAAAGGCAUCAGGCUCCGCAGGGCAGGGAAGCGCAAGGAAUCCGGUCCUGGUGCAAAACCAGCGCGUUGCAGCCGCACCGCCCGAGCAGUCGAUGGCCCAUGCUCAAGGCUUGACGGCAGCGCGACCGACGUCGAUGCCGCCGCGAUCGUACGGCUCUGCCGCCGAGGCUGCGGUGUUGGCCGCGUCAUCAGCGUCGCCCGCCCGCUCCUCUGUUGGCACCGCCGCCAAGCCGACCGACAUCAAACCCCGGCCGAUCGAGGUGCGCGGCACGGCGCCCUCCUCAACCACGCGACCUGUCGACGUCCCCCACAGCAACGUGCUGCCUCCGACAGCCGGAGCGGCGGCGGCUGCAGCAGCCGUGGCAGUGCCAGCUUCGAUGGCCCGAGUGGGAAUGAAUACAUUCGACUCCGACCCUCCCCUCAGUCCUUAUACCGACAGCAUGGACAUGUCAAUGCUGCACCACAACAGCAUGCAGGACAUGUCGUAUCUGACGCGGCCGCCACGACUACCGCUGCCGAUCGAAGAAGAGGUACACACGCCCGGAUCGCCGAUCAUUGCGCCGCGCAAAGCCGACAGCCUGCUGGAGGAGAUCGAGGCGCUUGACAACGACGGGCUGACACAUCGAUCGUCGACGGUCAGCUCGACCACGGUCGACGAGGAGGACAUGGAGGAGCUGCGGGUGGACAAGACACGACCCACCGUGCCGACUCGGCUGGAGUGGCUGCGGGGCGGCGAGAAGAUUUAUGUUACUGGCACGAUCUUCCAGUGGAACAAGAAGCAGCGGCUGCACCCAGUCGAGGGACGACCAGGCACGUUUGCGACGACGAUCAACGUGCUGCCCGGCACGUAUCACAUCCGGUUUCUCGUGGACGGACAGGCCGAGACGUCACGUGACAUGCCGACGACUGUCGACUUUGGGAACAACCUGGUCAACUAUAUCGAGGUGGCGCCACAGAGCACGCCGCCCAAGGAGAGCGACGCCGCAGCCGCAGCGGCCGAAAUGAGAAAGCCGAAGCCGAACCAGCAACAAUCACAGGGCCAGCCGCAGCCGCAGCAGUCGUCACAACUGCCAUCGUCACAGCAGCAUCAACAACGAAAGGCAUCGCAGUUGUCGCAGCUGUCGUCGCAGCAGCCGUCGCAGCAGACGAAGCAGCAGCAGCAGCAACAAAUGCAGCAGUCGCAGCAGUCGCAGCCGCAGCCGCUCUCGACAGGGGAGCUCAAGGCGGCGACGCCGUCGUCGGCCGAGCUGACGACCAAGCUGCCCCGGUGGAAGAACGUGCCACCGCCGUCGGCGUUCUCGCACGAGCUGCCGCAGUACCUGGUGGACUACGACCAGCCAGAUGACUCGCCAGCGUUUGUGUCGGCGUCGGCGGCGACGGAGAUUCUGCCGCCGCCGCCGAGUCUGCCGGGAUUUCUGGGCAAGCCGAUCCUGAAUGCAUCGACGCUCAUCAAGGACGACAACAGCGUGCUCAACAUGCCGAACCACUCGGUGCUGAACCAUCUGGCGACGAGCAGCAUCAAGAAUAACAUUCUGGCCGUGUCAGCCACGACACGAUACAAGGACAAGUUUGUCACAAACAUCAUCUACAAGCCUACCGGCUUGGAUGACAAGCACUGA